AUGGUGGUUCCCUCACUCACACACACAAUCUUUAUUACGGUCCAAACAUCGUAUAUAUCUGCACAGUCCUUCUUUGAAAAUAAGUAUGGUUUCGCAGAUGUCUUUAGUGUCUUGCGCUCAUCUUACCUGUACAGACAGCAUCCUAGCCCCCUCCAGAGUGUAUGUUCAGAUCUUCAGCGUUGGCCAGUUUUUAUUCAGACACGAGGUUUUAAGACACUGAAAUCAAGAGCAAGACGGCUGCAGUCUUCAUCAGAACGAUUAACAGAAACAGAAAAUGUAGCGCCCUCAUUUGUAAAGGGUCUCCUACUGAGAGAUAGAGGACCUGAUGUUGAAAGUGUAGAUAAACUAAUGAAAACAAAAAAGAUACCUGAAGCGCAACAAGAUGCCUUUAAAACUGGAUUUGCAGAGGGCUUUUUGAAAGCACAGUCACUCAAUCAACAUUCCAUAAGACGAAAUCGUUUCUUUGUCCUUGUUCUGAUCCUGCUUGGCCUUUAUGGUUUGUCAAAAACUCCUUUUUUAUCUGUGCGUUUUCGAACAACUUCUGGACUUGACGCAGCUGUGGACCCUAUUCAUAUGAAAAAUGUUACAUUUGAACAUGUCAAAGGGGUUGAAGAAGCAAAGCAAGAGUUGCAAGAGGUGGUAGAAUUCUUGAAAAAUCCUCAGAAAUUUACUGUACUGGGAGGUAAACUUCCUAAAGGUAUUCUGUUGGUCGGACCACCUGGAACUGGCAAAACUCUUCUUGCUAGAGCUGUGGCAGGAGAAGCUGAUGUUCCAUUCUAUUAUGCCUCUGGAUCAGAAUUUGAUGAGAUGUUUGUUGGCGUUGGAGCCAGUCGUAUCAGAAACUUGUUUAGGGAAGCCAAAGCGAAUGUGCCAUGUGUUAUAUUCAUUGAUGAGCUGGAUUCUGUUGGUGGCAAAAGGAUAGAGUCUCCAAUGCAUCCCUACUCAAGACAGACUAUAAAUCAGCUCCUUGCUGAAAUGGAUGGCUUUAAACCCAACGAAGGCGUCAUUAUCAUUGGUGCAACAAACUUCCCUGAAGCCUUAGAUAAUGCUUUGAUACGUCCUGGCCGCUUUGACAUGCAAGUUACAGUCCCCAGGCCAGAUGUCAGGGGCCGAACAGAGAUUCUGAAAUGGUACCUGAAUAAAAUAAAGUAUGAUGAAUCUAUUGAUGCAGAAAUCAUUGCAAGAGGAACGGUAGGAUUUUCUGGAGCUGAGUUAGAAAACCUAGUGAACCAAGCUGCAUUGAAAGCUGCGGUUGAUGGGAAGGAUAUGGUUACUAUGAAGGAGCUGGAAUUCUCAAAGGACAAAAUUCUUAUGGGCCCUGAGUGUAGAAGUGUAGAAAUUGAUGAUAAGAAUAAAACAAUUACAGCCUAUCAUGAAUCUGGGCAUGCCAUUAUUGAAUACUAUACUAAAGAUGCGAUGCCAAUCAACAAAGCUACCAUUAUGCCACGAGGGCCAACACUUGGACAUGUGUCUUUGCUGCCAGAAAAUGACAGGUGGAGUGAAACUAGGUCCCAGCUGCUUGCCCAGAUGGAUGUUAGCAUGGGAGGAAGAGUUGCAGAAGAACUUAUAUUUGGGAGUGAUUACAUCACAACAGGGGCUUCUAGUGAUUUUGACAACGCUACUAAAAUAGCAAGGCUCAUGGUGACUAAGUUUGGAAUGAGUGAGAAGCUUGGUGUCAUGACCUACACAGAUACAGGGAAACUCAGUCCCGAAACUCAGUCCGCAAUUGAACAAGAAAUAAGAAUGCUUUUAAAGGAAUCAUACGAACGAGCGAAGAAUAUAUUGAAGAACCGCACAAAAGAGCACAAGAAUUUAGCGGAAGCAUUGCUGACCUAUGAGACUUUGGAUGCCAAAGAAAUUCAGAUUGUUUUAGAGGGGGGAAAACUAGAAGUGAGAUGAUAACUUCCUUGUUAAGCGUUCUAAUGGAUUACUUGCAAGAAUGCAGUAGUCUACUUAUGCAGUGUAGCCCCUCCCCCAAUGUGUGUGUGGUAAUAAUCACAUUUCUUAAAGAUAA